AUGGCGAAUUCGGGCUGUGAGGACCUCCGGGGCCAGGAGGGGGAGAGUUUUCUGUACUUCGCCUACGGUAGCAAUCUGCUGACCGAGCGGAUCCACCUCCGAAACCCGUCAGCCGUGUUCUGCUGCGUGGCCCGCCUGCAGGAUUUUAAGCUUGACUUUGGCAAUUCCCAAGGCAAAACAAGUGAAACUUGGCAUGGAGGUAUAGCCACCAUUUUUCAAAGUCCUGGCGAUGAAGUAUGGGGAGUAGUAUGGAAAAUGAACAAAAGCAAUUUAAGUUCUCUGGAUGAGCAAGAAGGAGUUAAAAGUGGAACAUAUGUCCCAAUAGAAGUUAAUGUUUAUACUCAAGAAGGAAAAGAAAUAACUUGUCGAAGUUAUCAGAUGAAAAAUUAUGAGAGUGCUCCCCCAUCUCCCCAGUAUAAAAAGGUCAUUUGCCUAGGUGCAAAAGAAAAUGGUUUGCCACUGGAGUAUCAAAAGAAGUUACAUGCAAUAGAACCAAAUGACUACAAAGGAGAAGUCUCAGAAGAAAUUGAAGACAUUAUCAAAAAGGGAGAAACAAAAACUCACUAGAACAUAACAGAAUAGAUCUACAGAUAUUUUCUGUAUGUGCUAAUAUAUUUUUAACGUUUAGAACAGGAAUCUGAGGUAUCUCUGUGUUCAACAGUGCUCUGAAAGGAUAUCUUACUAAGGUGAUUCCUUGUUUUCAGACUAUAAAAAGAAACUAGGUUAGGAAUUAGAUGAUUGAAAAGGGGGCCGGGAGGCAGGCCGGGAGGCACUGGAAUGCAUGACAAAUGGAUGCAGGUACUCCUAUGAACAAAGUUAUUUUCUGCAUUUGAGUGUAUCCUUGCUCUGUGACAAAGGAGAGAUUUGCAAUUUAAUGAUCGUGCUGGUGAAUUGCUCUGCUCUGGGAUUUUUUUAUCAGCUUAAUAAAGAGCGAGCAAACUGCUGAGACAGCUGAUGAUAAUUUUUUUUUUUUAAUUUAAAAGUGGCAUACUGUUCUUAGAGAAAUAAAUGUAUUUGUGGUUGAACCUGUA